CGCAGCUAGCCGCCCACUCUACUCCCGAUCACACAGGUUCUCAAUCGACCUUCGCUCGCCCAGCAUUAUUCUGUGAAGACGAUGUCUGGCAGGAGGUCGCGCGGCUCCGUGUCGGAGGAGGAGAUCAACGAGCUCAUCUCCAGGCUCCAGACCCUGCUCCCCACGACGCGCCGCCGCGGCAGCAGCAGCAGCCAGGCGUCGACGACGAAAAUGCUCAAGGAGACAUGCAGCUACAUCAAGAGCCUGCACAGGGAAGUGGACGACCUCAGCGACCGCCUCUCCGACCUCAUGUCCACCAUGGACAACAACAGCCCCGCCGCCGAGAUCAUCCGCAGCCUCCUCCGCUAGCUAGCCAGCUACAUGGCUACUCAUCGUCGUCAACCACACACAUCGGCUGAUUGUCCUAAGCUAGUUCAUCAUCCGCGUACAUCUCGUGCAUGCCUAGCUAAUAUCUAUAUAUACAUACAGUAUAUAUGUCUCAGUCGAUCUCUGCAAGGCAUAUAUAUAUAUACAUACAUAUAUAUAUAUAUAUAUAUGUAUAUAUAUAUAUAUACAUGCAGAUCGAUCGACAUCUAAUUAAGGACUGCAUGCUGAGGCCGGCUGGUCUAAUUCACUUUGGUAGGGCAUCAAUCAUUAGCUAGGGCCUUCACCUAAGUUCUAUAGCUGCUUAAUUAGCUCACCCUUGCAUGUGGUUUCCUCCCAGUUUCCAUCCCUCCGAUCCGCCUCUCUCAUGUUCUCAUCUGCCUGUGUAAACUUGGUUACUUAUUUGCAGUCUGGAUCGAGUUGUUUCCCCUAGAGACAACCGGCCGACCGCUAGCUACCCGUCCGGUGGUGGUACUGCUAAUAUACUACUCCUACCCAGUAUCAAUCACCCAUGAUUGUAUGUACUAUGUACUGUCGUCGCUUCGGCUGAAUGACUAUUGAUUAAUCCAAACUGAUUAUGUUAUC